AUGCCGCCGAACAAGAUAAUUAUCGAUACGGACCCGGGUGUCGAUGAUGUGAUGGCGCUGCUGCUGGCAUUUGCGGCCAAACCGGAGGAGCUUGAGGUGUUGUUAGUGUCGCUCACGUUUGGCAACAUUGACGUCCAGAAUUGUCUUCGUAACCUGGUCACUCUCUUCCACUGGAUUGAUAAAGAGAUUGCCUGGAGAAGAGAGAAUGGUCUGCCAGAGGGCUUUGACACCCUGAGGGCACGGAAGCCAAUCGUGGCGGUUGGCGCUGAAGAGCCGCUAGCUGACCAGAUGAUGAUGGCCGACUAUUUCCAUGGCAUCGAUGGCCUUGGAGGCAUUCACUCGAGCCACCCGCAUCUCACGCCGGAGGAAACAUGGAAGCACCUUUUCUCCUCGGCUCUUAACUCGUCAGACAAAGAGACUCAAGCUGCCGCCCGCGAGGCACAACAAUCCAAUGCCCUCUUCACACCAUCGACGCGCCCCUCGUACGAGGAGAUCCUCCGCCUGUUGCGCGAGAACGAGCCCGACACAAUCACCGUCGUUGCCGUUGGCCCGCUGACCAACCUCGCCACCGCCGCAGCCCACGAUCCCGAAACCUUCCUGCGGGCUAAGGAGGUCGUGGUCAUGGGCGGCGCUAUCGACGUCUCUGGCAACGUACGCUCCCAGCCUCCUCUCCAUCCCGUCGCUGCGGUCAAGCCGCCGCCUUUCAAUCUCAUCAAGGCGCCGGACUCCCCGCUCAGAGCUAUGCUAAACAAUCGCAACCAGAUGACGCCUGUCGCCGAAUUCAACACCUACGCUGACAGCAUCGCUGCCGCGCGUGUCUUCGCGCUUACGAGCCCCAACCCCGCAUCCACGAUGCCGCCUCCGCCACCUCCGCGCCCGGGACAACAGGACCAGCCGCCGCCGCCGUUCCUCCAGCCGUACCCGACUGGCUUGUCGAAGCAGCUUAAGCUGACCAUCUUCCCGCUUGAUAUAACGACUCCGCACGAGCUCACCCGCGGCCAGUUCACUAAGGCCACCGACGCCUUGUCUUCCAAGGGCUCCCCGCUCGCGACAUGGGUGACGGCGUUCCUUAGCUCUACUUUUAGGAAGGUUGAAUCCCUCCGACACAUCCCGCAGGCUCCUGAAGCCGUUGGGUUGGAAUUGCACGACCCACUGUGCAUUUGGUACAUGUGGAAGUACGCGCGGGACGCGCGGAGCUCCGAGCCCGAUGCGCCCGAGGACAUUCGCGUUGAGACCUCCGGCCAAUGGACGCGCGGCAUGUGCGUCGUGGAUAGGCGUGACAGGCGCAAGCGUGACGACGACGUCGAGGGCGAGAAGCCCGGCGACACUGGCAACUGGCUGGGCAAGAGGGCCGGGAACCGCGUUAGCAGGAUCGUGAGCACUCCCGGCACCAAGGUGUUUGGCCAGUAUCUGCUGGAGAGGGUUUUUGGUGUCGAUAUGAAGUAG